AUGAAAAAGCACUCCAAGACUACAACAUGGCCAUCCAAUUAAAUCCAAAUGGUCAUCAAAUUAAAUCUAAAUUAUGCUACUGCGUAUUACAACAGAGGUAAAUCAUCUAGUCAUAUAAUUAGGAGUUCUAUUUGAUAAAACAGGAGAAAAUGAAAUAGCACUCCAAGACUACAACAUGGCCAUCCAAUUAAAUCCAAAUUAUGCUAAAGCGUAUACGAACAGAGGUAAACCAUCUAGUCAUAUAAUUAGGAAUUGUAUUUGAUAUUAAAGGAGAAAAUGAAAAAGCACUUCAAGACUACAACAUGGCCAUCCAAUUAAAUCCAAAUUAUGCUAAUGCGUAUAUGAACAGAGGUAAAUCAUCUAGUCAUAUAAUUAGGAGUUCUAUUUGAUAAAACAGGAGAAAAUGAAAAAGCACUCCAAGACUACUAAAAGGCUCUCCAAUUAUAACCAGAUAAUCCACUUUUUGUAACAAACUUAGGAAGUCUCUAUUUUAAAUAAAAAUAAUUUUCUUAAGCAAAUAUUUAUUUUACAAAAGCACAAGAAUCAUUAGAUUCAAUUAAUUAACAAUAGAUAUCGGAAUGGAAUUUAUCUAAUUCAAAUCUUAGAUAUAUUAAUAAAUAAUAUAAUCUACUUAGAGAAAUUUAAAAUUCUAUAUAAACAACAGAUGUUUAAAUUAAUUAUUUAUCUUAAUAAUUAUAAAGAUAGAAAUCUAUUUAACUAGAAGAAUAAGCCUAGAAAUUAGUUAAUGAAUUUACAUAACAAAUGAAGCCAUUAGAUACUUAAUUAAAUUCAAAUCAAUAAACAAUAUACUUUUAGAUUUUGGAACAAUUUGAAAAAAGGUUUAAUGAUUUUUAAAACCAAAUAACUACGCACGCAAUAAAUGUCAGUUCACUUUUAGAAUAAGAUAAUUAUAAGGUUUCUGAAUCUCUAAAACAAUUAAAUAAAAAAGAAAAUAAGAAUUAAUUGAUGUAUUAUAAUGCUUUAGCUUGGAGAUUGUAUAAUUAUUUAUCUGCAAUGUAAUAGAUUUCCACUAAUCUAUUUUAAGUUAAUAAAAAUGCUAUAAUCGAAAGUAGUUCUGAAUAAAAUUUAAAUGUUUUUCAAAAAAUGUUAAAUAUAGGACCCUAGAUUUUUGGAGGAUUACCUAUUGUUUGGAACGCUUUUAACAUAAUUAAUGCUGCUCUCGAUUUUGGAUUUGAAUAUCAUUAAGAGCAUAAAUUUACUACCAGAUUAAGAAAACUAAAUAAUAUUUUAAAAUGUAGUUCUAUAGUUCCAGGCCAAUUAUAAAUAGAAAUACAAAUUGCAAGCUUAGAAUUAAGUAGAAAUUAAUAAGCUAAUUUGAUUAAUAAACCAAAAUCAAGAUUUAGGAUGUUUGCAGAUUAAUUGUUGAAAGAUGAAGAUAAAUAAUUCAGAGAUAAUAUAUAUUGGGCAGCAGGUACUGAAGAUGCAUUGAUUAUUUUAAAUUAUUUGGAAGCAAAUAGUGAUAUGAUAAUAAAUGAAAUAUUUAGCAAA